AUGUCGCCAGAAGAGUGGGUUGGAUCACGUUCCGUCUUUGGCCGGGGUCCUACGUCGCCAGGAGUCUCAUGGAUUCCAGUUAUCGGCGUUUUUGUGUUGUGGUUGCUCAUCGUCGACGUUUUGCUGGUCCUGAAGUCGAAGUCGGGUCUUGCGACCGCGACGGUCGGGGCAGCACGACAGCGCACCACGAACGCCGGCAACGACAUGCCCAAAAUCGUUCAUAUCGCCGUUGAGUGUCGAGAGAGGGCAGAGAACACAGUUUCGACAGCGUCAAUCGGCGCUGGUGAUGGGUCGUUCGGUUGGUGUUUGAUGGGAGGUGAUGUUGAGAAGAAGCUGAUGAAGACUCGGAGAGAGAUGAACCUGGGCAUCCGUACACCCGCUCGCCGCAGCCGCCGUUGCCUCACGUAA